UAUUGUCUUGGCGCUAGCCGAGUCGACGCUUGUACUUCGUGAAUCAAAGCUCAUUUUCCCAGUUGUUAGCUUUGCCGAGAGUUUGUAUCGUUCAUCUCAGAGUUUUACAAAACCUUGGGAAGUAUUCUCCACGACUACGAAGCGACAUGAUAGAAAAGUAAUCACAAAGAACAGAUGCUGGUUUAAGCUCUAGACUAGCGGACUGAAAAGAAUAUUUAAAACUCGUCGGUUUUUGUGUUUCUAGUAAUACCUCAAGCCUAGUCAUAGUCAUGGAAGAAAACAUUAGAUCGAAAAGAAAACCUAACUUCACUGAAAUGGAAAAUCUCUUUCUGAUCGAAGAGUUCGAGAAGAAUAAAGAAGUUCUUCGUUCGAAGAUUAACAGUACGGAAAUGAACAGGCAAAAACUAGCGGUCUGGCAGAGCAUUUGUGUUGCGUUGAACACAAAAAAUCCCCUGGUUAGAAGGAGCGUGGACGAAGUGAGGAGAAAAUGGAAAAACAUGGUGACAAUCGCACGAAAAGAUACGGCUCACUAUAACCCAACCAAGCCACCAUCACAGGUUAGCCAAAGGAUUAUGCGAGGAUACAGUAGCGACUCCAAACAUAAUCCCUCGCAGAUACCAAUAAUCUGUACCUCCCCCACGGGGAGUAUAAAUUCGGCAGCACCUGAGGAGCCUUCCCACAGUAAAUUGGUUCAUCAUCAAAAUGAAGACGACUCUCUGUGUAAAAUGGAAACAUCGCAGUCGAAUUCAGUGACUUCUGAUCAUGAACCGCCCGCUAACGAACAGUUGUAUCCACGGAUGGAAGAAGUAAGGGCUGCUGAAGGAUGUGGGAUGGAAGUCGUUCAACCUGGUCCACCCGCUGCUGCCCUGACAGAACAGACUAGACAGAGUAUGCGUAGACCAAAUAAUAUUGCCUUCAGAACCAAGAGAAACAACAUUCAAUCUAUCUUGUACAGCGCCAAAAGACGAAGGCUACAAGCCAACCAAGACAUGGCUAACGGCACGACAUCUUUCGAUUUACAACAACUUCAAAAGGAAAAGUUAAUUUUAGAAAAAGAAAAGAUUGUGCUGGAAAAAGAAAAACUGAUGUUGGAAAAAGAAAAACUCUCGCUAGAAAUCCAGUGUUUGAGAAGCCAACUGCAAAAUGAUGAACCAGAAUAUUAAUACCUUGAAUGUAGUGUAGUUGUAUCGAUCCACUUCGGCGCUAGUCGACAUCACGGCCGGUAUGACUUCUAUUGGGUUGUGUUACGAUCUAAAUACUCUAAAUUAACCGAUUUAAACGAAGAGAAAACUUAACGGGAAUUAGAAUUGUUGAACAGAGAGAACGUUAGGUCGAACCUAAAAUUUGUUAAAACUAUCAUAGGCUAGAGAAAGAAAUUCCAUGUUGUGUGCUGUAAUGUUGAAGGCUUUGUACUCACUGGCAGGGUCGGCUCUGUUAGCCGCCGGAUUACGUCGUAUUAUAUCAUUACGUUUCCUAUCAGCGCUAGGUGGACAUGAGUAAUACAACGCCCUUGUGAUUGUGAUCAUAAUUUACAUACUCAAAACGCUAUUACUGUUCUUUCAUCCGAAAUGUGACCAUUAGCUGGGGCGGCUGUGAAGCAGCCUAAUAAGGGGGGGAGGGGCAAGAUUAGAAAAUGUAUAUGAGACUAGUAUGGGGAAAAUGGGGCUAAGGGUGGAAGAUAUAAGAGACGAGUAUGGGAAAAAGGAAAGCGAUGGGGGAGUGGCUGUGCCCUCCCUGCUCCGGCCCCUCCCUGAUUAUUCGCUGUUAGAGAUCGAAAAGAAUAUUAAAUAUAUAUAAUA